GUCGCCGGUUGGUUGCGCAGGAGCAGUCGCGAGUAGUCGCGAACAACGCGAACGCAGACCAGGAGGGUAAGCCCCCGGUAAUAAUGAACUGGCCGCGAUAACUAUCACUCGUUUUCGUAAGUGCAUUUCGUUGCGAGCGUUGCGAUGCGCCGUGCGGCGUCGGUUUUGUGCGUACGGGAGAGGUGUGUCGUCCGCUAGACGCUCGCCGACGACGUCCCGCCCGGAGUCGUGGAUUACUCCAAGAGGACGAGCGAGGACGACGACGAGGCCGACGAGACGCACGCGGUGGAGUACGAGAGAUACGCAGCGUCGGCGACAGACACCAAAUUCGAUAGUCUGACGAUGGACAGACGGACGGGAGUUUGAAAGUCCGUCGAGAGCGCGAUACACCGCGUCGCUGGACCGUCGCUGGCCGUCCGAACCGAGUUUCGCGAGAUGACGGAGGCUUGCCCCGCGAAUGGAUCCAGGAUAAAGGGUGCGUAGGACUCGGCCGGCACCCAGAGGUACACCAGGAACCGGAUCCAGCAUGGGGAAGUGUUGCAGCAAGCGGCAAGAGCCCCAACCGAUCGGUUAUAAGAAGGCGGACACGGGACUCAGUUCAAAGCACAGCAAUGGAGGUUCCUUGGACCGAUACACUGCCGACCCGAAUCAGAGAGGCGUGCAAGCUCGGGCGGAUAUUAUCCGGCCGAGGCCGACACCCUGUAAGCUACAGAUACCGCAUCAACCCCGUAAAACCAGUCCGACUGUUACGUCUGCAUCGCAUUCACAAAGGUCCAACAAGAUCGUGGUGGCCCUGUACAAUUACACAGCGCGGGAGAGCACCGAUGUUAGCUUUAUGAAAGGCGACCGAAUGGAGGUCUUGGACGAUUCCGAGCCGGACUGGUGGAGGGUGUUACACUUGACAACCCUGCAGGAAGGCCUGAUCCCUUGGAACUUCGUGGCCGUCGAGCGUUCGAUCGAGAGCGAAGAUUGGUUCUUCGAGAAUGUGUCGCGCAAAGAGGCAGGCACGCUGCUCUUGGUCGACGAAAAUCCUCGUGGUACCUUCCUGGUGAGACCGAGCGAACACAAUCCGCGGGGUUACAGCCUGUCGGUGAAGGACUGGGAAGAGGGCAGGGGCCACCAUGUGAAACAUUAUAAGAUCAAGCCGCUCGACAACGGCGGCUUCUUCAUCGCCACCAAUCAAACGUUUCCCAGCUUGCCGGCUCUCGUGAUGGCGUACAGCAAAAACGCGCUGGGCCUCUGCCAUGUGCUGUCGAAGCCUUGCCCGAAGCCGCAGCCGGACAUGUGGGAUCUCGGGCCGGAGUUGCGCGACAAAUGGGAGAUCAACAGGAACGAGAUCCAGCUGAUCCGCAAACUGGGCCACGGCAAUUUCGGCGAGGUGUAUUACGGCAAGUGGCGGAAUAAGACCGAGGUAGCAGUGAAAACACUGCGUCCCGGGACCAUGUCAACGGAGGCGUUCCUGCAGGAGGCGGCGAUCAUGAAGCAGUUCCGGCAUAGGCAUCUGGUCGCGCUCUAUGCGGUCUGUUCGAAGGAAGAGCCCAUCUACAUCGUGCAGGAAUACAUGUGCAACGGCAGCCUGUUGGACUUCCUGCGCACAGGGGACGGCAAGUAUAUGCAGUUCGAGGACCUGAUCUACAUCGCGGCUCAGGUAGCGUCCGGCAUGGAGCACCUCGAGAGCAAGCAGCUCAUACACAGGGACCUGGCGGCGAGGAACGUGCUGAUAGGCGAGAAGAACAAAGCGAAGAUCUGCGACUUCGGCCUCGCCAGGGUGAUCGAGGACGACGAGUACUGUCCGAAGCAGGGCAGCAGGUUCCCUGUCAAAUGGACCGCGCCGGAGGCCAUCGUCUACGGUAGGUUCAGCAUCAAGAGUGACGUCUGGUCGUAUGGAAUCCUGCUGAUGGAGCUCUUCACUUACGGACAAGUUCCUUAUCCGGGCAUGCACGGCCGCGAAGUGAUCGAGCAAGUGGACAAGGGCUACCGCAUGCCGAAACCGUUGAAUCACCCGCUGCCCGACAGCAUCUAUCGGCUGAUGCUGCAAUGCUGGGACGCCAGCCCGGAGAAGCGACCCACGUUCGAGUUCCUGAAUCACUACUUCGAGUCGUUCAACGUCACUAGCGAAAUACCGUAUCUCGAACCGCCGACGGACUGAUAUACAGCCCAUAUGCAAAGCCACCUGCCGCCGCACCGUCACUUUCACCCAGCCCACAUCAACUGUGCCAUGGAAUUUUAUGGUAUUUACUGCUAAGUAAAUUAUUUGCGCGUGCGCGCAUCUCUCGCUGCCCUCACACCGGAACCCUCGCGAACUGUGGAUGCACCGCUUUCCCGCGAGGAAAGGACUUGGAGAAGAAAAAAAAUGAAAGAAAGAGAGAGAAAAGGGAGACUCGAAGAACUCGUGUACUUGGUCGGCGUUCUUUCUCGACGGCGGAAUUUUUCUACAAGUUUUCGGCGACCAAUCUUUGAAAGAAAAAAAAAAGAAAAAACAAAGAGCGAAAUAAUGCAACAAGAAAAAAGAGAAACAGUGCCGCGAACUCUCUUCCCCACUCCCCUUCGCCCCUUGCAUGUCCUUAGUGUUUUACCAUAGCACCGGGAAUGGAUCAAAUGGAUCGGAAGUUGGGUAUGCCAUGGUGUUUUUUUUUUUUAUUAUAAAACUUAACGUAAAAACCGCGAGGCAGCCUUGCGAGAGAGUACGUUGACUUUAAUCUUCACGACCAAUCGUUACGCGUUUAAAUAAUCGUUAAUGAAUGUAGCAAUCGAGCGAGGGAGAAACUAGCCGCGAUCGAGGAUCGCUCAUCGGCGAGUCGCGUCUUACCCGCCCUUUACUGCCCUCCCCGCUCCCGUCCUCCUCCUCAUCCCGAAAUCCGCGACUGCUUGAGCGCGUUUUCAUAUUUUUGACGAUAAAUAACAACCAAUAAAGACAUUAACGAUGUUGGUAAAUUUAGGAGCAAACAAGUCACGGUAUUAGAGAGUAAACGGGAUAUAUAAGUUUGAAGAUGAGAAAUUCGAAAUUAUAUAUAGAUUAUAUACAACAUAAUCGUGUAUUAGUAUGUUAGCAUAUGAUUACGAGAUACACGUAGCGCGAGAGAGCGAAAGAAAGAAAACGAAUGAGUGCGAGUGAAUAAAUGUGUGUGUGUGUGUAUGC